GAGAAGGGGUUGGUCGGGAGGUUUGAGCCCCCCGGCCGCGGGAUUGCUGAGCAAGAGCGCUGUGGGUCGGAGGCCGGUGCAGAAUGGUGGGAGCCCCGCAGGAGGGUGGAUGGCUUUUCUGGAGGCUGCUGGCGUGUGGGAGACGGAGCGGAGGCAGGCAGAGGCAAGUGCUCUUGUUUCUUGUGUGCGUUUGCGUGUGGCAGAGCGGGGCGGAAAGGCUGCGGUAUUCUGUGGCGGAGGAAAUGGAGAGGGACUCGUUUGUGGGCAACAUUGCAGAGGAGCUGGGGGUGGCUCCGAGCCAGCUGUCGGCUCGCAAGGCCCGCAUUGUGUCCGAGGGGAAGGAGCAGCUUUUCCGGCUCGAUCCAAGCAGCGGCGUCCUGACAGUCAAGGAGUCUCUGGACCGGGAGGAGAUCUGCCCGCAGAGCGCUACCUGCACGCUGUAUUUUAAGAUCUUCCUUGAAAAUCCGCUGCAGCUGAUGCGAGGGGAGGUGGAGGUUCGUGACGUGAACGACAAUUCCCCCGUGUUCCCGGUAAAGGAGAUGCUUUUAAAGAUUCCCGAAACGACACCACCCGGGUCUCGUUUCCCUCUGAAAAGCGCCCAAGACCGUGACGUAGGCACUAAUGGUUUGCAGAACUACAGCCUUGAGGCCAAUUCCCAUUUCUCAAUCGCUCUCGAGGCAAAGAAAGAUGGAAAAAAAUACGCGGAGCUGGUGCUGGAGCGUCAUCUGGACCGGGAGGAGCAGCGAGAGCUGAAUUUACUGCUGACGGCCACCGACGGGGGCUCUCCACCCAGGUCGGGCACAGCUCGGGUCCGUAUCGUGGUUCUGGAUGCCAAUGACAACAUUCCGAAAUUCGAUCGGGAGGUCUACGAGGUGCGGGUGAUGGAGAAUAGUCCCGAGGGACAGCUGGUCGUAAGAGUAGUGGCCACGGAUCCCGACGAUGGGUCCAAUGGGAAGGUGAGUUAUGCCUUCACUGAAACACAAGAUGAAACGCUCCAGAUGUUCGAGCUGGACCCCGAAACUGGGGAGAUUCGUGUGGCGGGCAACCUGGACUUUGAAGAGGUGAAAAGCCACGAGAUGGUGGUGACAGCCACCGACGGCGGGAGUCUGUCUGCACAUUGCAAAGUGCAGGUGGAGGUGCUGGACGUGAAUGACAACGCCCCGGAGAUAACGCUGACGUCCGUCAGCGCCUCCAUCGCCGAGGACGCGCCGCCCCGCAGCGUGGUGGCCCUGUUGAGCGUGCGGGACCGCGACUCCGGCGAGAACGGGAGGACGGAGUGCUGGAUCGACGGGGACUUGCCGUUCAGCCUGACGCCGACGUUUGAGAAUUACUACGAGGUGCGAACAACGGCGGCGCUGGACAGGGAGAGGAGGGCGGAGUAUAACAUCAGCGUGAGGGCCCGGGACUGGGGCAGGAGGCGGCUGAGCUCGCGGGAAGUGAUCUCGGUGCAGAUCUCGGACGUGAACGACAACCCGCCCGAGUUCAGCCGGGAGGUUUACACGCUGUGGGUGGUGGAGAACAACAGCCCGAUGGUGCGUGUCGGGAGCGUGUCGGCGAGGGACGCGGACGCGGGGAGCAACGCGCGCGUGACGUACCGGGUGUCGGGCGGGGAGGGCGAGGAGCGUCCGUGCGUGUCGGUGAACUCGGCGAGCGGGGAGGUUUACGUGGUGCGGGCGCUGGACUACGAGGAGGUGCGCGCCUUGGAGGUGUCGGUGGUGGCUGCGGACGGGGGCUCUCCGUCGCUGAGCGCGCAGGCGGUGGUGCGCGUGGUGGUGCGGGACGAGAACGACAACGCGCCGGUGGUGCUGCACCCGUCGCCGGAGAGCAGGGUGUGGUGGGGCGAGGUGGUGCCGCGCGGGUCUCCGUCGGGCUACCUGGUGGGCAAGGUGGUGGCGGUGGACGCGGACGCGGGUCAGAACGCGUGGCUGUCGUACGAGGUGUGGAAGGCGACGGAGCCGGGUCUGUUCCGCGUGGGGCUGCACAGCGGCGAGGUGCGGACGGCGCGGGCCGUGUCGGAGAGGGACGCGUCCCGGCAGAGGCUGGUGGUGCUGGUGCGAGACCGCGGGCAGCCGCCGCGCUCGGCCACCGCCACGCUGGGCAUCGCCCUGGUGGACGGCUUCUCGGACGCGCGUUGGCGGGGCGGCGAGGACGAGGCGGCGGAGGCGGCAGCGGCGGGGUCGGAGUCGGAUUCGGAUUCGGAGGAGCCACUGACCCUCUACCUGAUCGCCUCGCUGGCCUGCGUGUCGGCGCUGUUGGUGGCCACGGGCGUGGCGGCGGUGGUGGCGAAGGUGCGUGGGGCGCGGUCCGAGAGCUUGCCCACGUUCCCCGCGGCUGUGUCGGAGAGCACGGCGGGCUCCCUGCCCCGCAGCUACGUCUACGACAUCUGCUUCGCCGGCGGCAGCGUCAACAGCGAGUUCCGCUUCCUCAGGCCGCUCUUGCCCUGCUUCCCCGCCGGGCUGCCCCCGGGCCCGGGCGAGCAGCGCAGCUCCGUGUGCUCGCAGGAGGCGACCAACCUCGGGGAAGAAGGCGACUGGGCUGCACAGGCCAGAGCUCCCCUGUCUGAAGACCCAGGGCCCAGAGCUGCAGGAGCAGCUUGUGCAGGAAACCAGGGGAUGGAGCUAAAUGUCAGUUCUGAUCAGAACCCUUGGCUGACCCCUCAGUAAGUGAGGAGAAAGACAAGUGUGUCUGUCCUCCCUGGUGAUGUCCUCAUGGGGAAAGGAGAACAAAGAGCAAACACC